AUGUCGUGGACAAGACUCGCCGUCGUCGUUCUCCUUCUUGUAGCAGGAGGAUAUGGCCGACAGUGCCGGGAGAACCCUCUGUGCGUCUGUAACACCGACUUGUCGAAGGAUGUCAUCUGCGAUGGGGUGGCUUUCGCCAGGCUACCCCUGUCUCUGUUGGACAACCAGGUUACGACAACCCUUGUGAUCAUGCGUUCGAACAUAUCCGAGAUCGCGGACGACGUGUUCUUCGAUUCCAAACUCACUGCGUUGAAUAUCGCUGAUUCCCACCUGAGUCGAAUAGGAAUAUGUGCUUUCUGUGGAAAUGUUGAAUCUACGCUGGUGACCCUGGAUCUUAGCGGUAACCGAUUCUAUGAGUUCCCCAUACGGUCCCUGGUGAAACUGCAGAACCUGCGGUGGCUGUCGCUCCGGCGGAACCACAUAAAAAUGCUGGAAUUCGAGCAAGAUGAGGAAGGGGUUGGUUCACCGCUCUAUGACAACUUGGUGAGCCUGUACCUGAGCGACAAUCACAUCGGGACCGUACGUCCUGGUACUUUCACGAAAUUCACGCGUCUGCAGACGCUCGAGCUCAACAAUAACGGCCUCACGCUCCUCGAAGAGAAUACAUUUCCGCAAACCUUAGUUAGUCUUCAUCUGGAUGGAAAUCUUUUGACUGUGAUCCCAUUCGAGGCUUUCAGGAGUCUCGAAAGCCUCCAAUGGCUACAUCUGAGGGACAAUCACAUAGCGAAAGUGACUGCGGCGCCACACUUAGCCUUCAAUUCCCUGAUUCUUUUCGAUCUAGGAGAUAAUCUGAUCAGAAGCAUUGCUGAGCCUCUAACCAACGGCGUAAACGUUCAGCUUCUGAAACUCGACGGCAAUCAUCUUUACAAAAUCGAGCCCAGCUUUUUUGACCAACUCGAGGAGACGAUUGUCUCUUUGAAUGGCAACAUAUUAUCCAGCUUGGAUCCUCGAACUUUCGCUCGUUACAAACCGAAGAGAAUCGAUCUCAGUUGCAAUAGUUUCGAAAGAGCGCCGGUCGAAGCCCUCGAAGAGAGUCAAGUCAAGCAUCUGAACCUAAGCAGGAAUCACCUCAAGGAGUUCGAGGCACGAUUGUGUCAACUGACGAAACUUUUCAUAAGUCAGAACAGACUCGAAGAGAUUCCGAGCUUACCUUGCUCGAAAGGUCUCAAAGUUCUCGACGUCUCCAAAAAUAGUAUCAGGCUACUAUCGGAAGAUUCCUUCCCGUUUACGAAUCUCCAUACCCUCGACAUAUCUGACAACGCUAUGCUCACUAUCGGAGCAUCACCUUUCAAAUAUCUGGUCAACUUGAAAGAUUUCAAUCUCGCUCACAACCGGCUCUCAACUAUUCCGGCGGAUCUCAUUGACUUGCUGCGAUCCGUUGAAUACCUGAAUGCCAUGAACAACGCUCUCGAAGGUUUCAUCAAUUUGGCGAAUCUCACAACUCUUAAACGGCUGGAUCUUCGAUUGAACCCGCGAUUGAGGGAAGACGUCUUGAUCGGCAGCAGUAUUCAAGAGCUCGACUUCAGCUUCACGAAGAUUUCCACCGAUUUCAUCAUACCAACCGCUCGCCGUCUCAGUAAAUACAGCUUUCAACUCUUCCCGAGCGAAUCUCUGAGAUCGCUGUUCGCUCAAAAUUUCCCGGACCUCACCACAAUCGAUUUGCGAUACUCGGCUAUAUCCCGGGUUGGUUCCAACGCGCUCUACUAUCUACCCAAUCUGGAAUUCGUUCAUCUGAGCCACUGUCGGAUCGAUACUCUGGACGAAGUGGCUUUCAAUCGUCUACCGGCUCUGCAGCUGCUAGAUCUCUCACACAAUCGACUGCGGAACCUUUCUCUUAGCUCUUUCUGCCAACUUAGCGACUUCGACAUCGUCCCGUCGACGGUCGACCUGUCCCACAACCAAAUCAAAUCAUUGAGAGCUCAAGACGAUCACUUGGAAUACGAGUGCCAGAACUACAUCACAGUUUUGAAUUUGAAGCACAACCAUAUCUCCGACAUCGAUUUCGACGCAUUCCUCACCGUGAAGAACACGCUUCUCGAACUCGAUCUGAGCCAUAACCUUCUCGGGGACCAGCAGUUGAAGAAAUUCAUUGACCUCAAAAGAGUUUCUCGGCUCAAUCUCAGCCACAACCGUCUCGCAAUGUUACCACGCCGAGCGAUGACAGGCUUGUUCAAUCUGCAGGAGCUUGACCUGAGCUCGAAUCUGAUCCAACAAAUCACUCCAUCGGCUCUGGCAAGCUUGCCUAAGCUCCGGGCUGUGGAUCUGAGCUCAAAUAAUAUAAGUUUCAUUCCAAUUGAUGCUUUCAACGGAACGAGCAUUGAGGUAUUGAAUUUGGAACGGAAUCAACUACCCUCCUUGAAGAAUGCGGCUUUCAGAUCUAUUGGUUCGAAUCUGACUGAGCUGUAUCUCUCCCACAACGACGACAUGCAUGCUCUCACAAACGGUGAAUUCGCUUAUCUGACUCAACUCCUCCAUCUGAGCAUAUCAAACUGUGGGAUCAAGACGAUCACUCCGGGAUCGUUCAAUGAUCUGAGUCUUCUGAUCUCUCUCGAUAUAUCGAAUAACUGGCUGAGUUAUCUUGAAGCUCAGGUCUUCGAGAAUCUCGCGCUGCUUCAGCGUUUGGACUUGUCGAACUGCUCCUUGCGGACUUUGCCUUCACUGCACGUCCCCGAACUCAGAUUCUUGUCCUUGGCGUCCAACCGGCUGGAAAAACUCCAUGAAACGUCCUUCACGACAGCACGAGAGAUACAAGAUCUGGACUUAUCCAACAAUAGGUUGAAAGAGGUGCCUACAAACAUAUGGAGCACUCUCGCGGAGCUUCGAUUCCUCAAGCUUGCUGCGAACCCUCUUCUUGCGAUUCCCGACCAGAGUUUCCAUGGGCUUGAGCUCCUGGAGAGCUUGUGGAUCGAGCGCCUUUGGCAAUUACGUCACAUUGAUAUUCGAUCUCUGUCGCUGAAUCGCCGAUUGACGAGUCUGUCUACGUGGACCUAUACAGGCAAGCAGGCAUUUCGACUCGAGGCUCUCCUCUCGAGACUGCCCGCGUUGCGGGAACUCGAGGUCGAAGUCGAGGUGCGAACGCUCUCGGAUCAAAUCCAAUGGGGUUUCGGUCAUAAACUUCGUCGACUUCAUCUUCGAGGCAAGAACUGGACGAUAAUGGCGGGAGACGCUCUCAGCGGUCUGGGAGGAGUGGAGAACACGAACAAGAAGGAGAUUGAGAUCAUCGUGAGCGAUACAUUUAUCGAAGACAUGCAUUUCGGGUUCAUCGAAAAGCUCACGCGACAGCCGAGAAGAGUGAAUCUAGACCUUCGCCGCAACACCUUUCAACGCUUCUUUUCAGAGAAGAAAGAUGACGUGCUCAAUACUACUCAGGCCUAUCCACAAGCUAGCCUGGGUUGGCUAGCGGUGGACACACAGGAGAGCUGCGAAUGCAGUCGGAACAACUGGAUUCUCGCAUGGAGGGCUCGAGCUCCCAUUUUCGUCCCAACACUCUGCCGCGAGUUCCCGGCAUCGGUCAACUUCAUCGCAGACGUUCGGUGCUCGCCGAUCGAUGAUUACACGGCUAUCGACGAUGAAACGAAACGACGGACCCAUUCCUUCGCCAGCAGCGACGGGACUCCAGGUCUGAUGACUAUCGUCUGUACCUUGUUGUCAAUAUUGAUACUCAGAAUUCGAUGAUGAUAGACCCCCGGUUUUCCGAGAUCG